CAGCGAAGAAGAAGAAGAAGAACAAGGAGAAGGAGGAGAAGAAGAACAGAUGAACGUUUGUGUUGCGGGAGUUUAUUUAUCGACCCUCAAAGCGUUUAUUUGACCACAUUAUAACCAGUUUUUUAAUUUAAAGGGUGGGAUCAACAACUUAGUGCCAGGAUGUCGUACAUGCUGCCUCACCUCCACAACGGCUGGCAGGUGGACCAGGCCAUCCUGUCCGAGGAGGACCGGGUCCUGGUCAUCCGCUUCGGACACGACUGGGACCCCACCUGCAUGAAGAUGGACGAGGUUCUGUACAGCAUCGCGGAGAAGGUGAAGAACUUUGCUGUUAUUUACCUUGUGGAUAUCACAGAAGUGCCUGAUUUCAACAAGAUGUACGAGUUGUACGAUCCCUGCACUGUCAUGUUCUUCUUCAGGAACAAACACAUCAUGAUUGAUCUGGGUACUGGUAACAACAAUAAGAUCAACUGGCCGAUGGAGGACAAGCAGGAGAUGAUAGACAUUGUUGAAACAGUGUAUCGAGGAGCGAGGAAAGGACGAGGUCUUGUGGUGUCGCCUAAGGAUUAUUCUACCAAAUACAGAUACUGAUUUUCUGCUUUUCUCCAUUACCCCUUUUUCAUCACCUUUGGACACAAUACCUGGACUACAAGUGGCAGGAGGACAAUACUCUUCAAGUGGUCUUUAUUGUUACAUUGUGGUUUUAUAUGUGUAGAACAGUUUUAUUCAACUUCUUUAAGUUGUCUGUGCUUUUCAAAAACUCAUUUAUGUGGUGCAGUCUUGGAAGAGAUCCAUCAUGUUGUAAAAGGCCUCAUAUUUAUCUGUUUGUUGGAAUAAAGACAGAUUUCUUUGUACAAAUA